AAUAUUAUGUCUUAAUUCUGAAUUUGGAAGGGUACAAUCGGCUGUGAAAGCAAUGGAUGAGCCAAGAGCUGCUGAGACAGAUCGGGAACCAGGAGGAACAGAAAAAAACACCAGUGGAGUUUAUCGCCAGCAUAAGACGGAGCGCCUGGGAUGGGGAGCGCCCCAACAUGGCCGAAGGGAGACCCGUCACGGGAUGCAGGGGCGCUGGGAAGCCCAGCUCCAGCAGUUCCUGAAGUCUCUGCAGCCCAUUUUAGCAGGACAGGGAAGCUCUGGGAUGUCGGAGGCUUCCCCCUGGGAGGACACCAAGGAGUUUCUGGCCUCCUUUGAGCAAGUGGCCAAAGCUUGCCGAUGGCCUCGGGACCAGUGGGCGACCCAUCUCCUGCCAGCCCUGAGCGGAGAAGCGGAAGAGGCCUUCCGAGGCCUGGAAGCCAGAGAGCAGGAGAACUAUGAGAAGGUGAAGGCCGCCAUCUUACGGGUGGAAGCCCUGAGAACGGAGAGGCAGCGGCAGCAUUUUCGGCAGUUCUGCUGCCAAGUGGUAGAGGAUCCCCGGAGGAUCCACAGCCAACUCCGGGAGCUUUGCCGCCAGUGGCUGAAGCCGGAGAGACGCACCAAGGAGCAGAUCCUGGAGCUGCUGAUCCUGGAGCAGUUCCUGGCCAGCCUCCCACCGGAGCUCCGGAGUUGGAUCCAAGCCAGGAGGCCGGAGUCCUGUUCCCAGGCGGUGGCCCUGGUGGAGGACUUCCUGAUGAGUCAACAGGAGGCCAAGACCAGGAUAUCUCAGGUGGGUUUUACU